CAACUCGACCACUUCCGGUUUGUGGAAACCAGCAGCGCUCGCUCAUUAGUUCCGACCAAACCAACCAAACAAAGCUCAGCGGGAGAUCUGUCCCCAGUCUAGGGAGAAACAUCUCGUCUUCUGAACGAGAAUCCGCUCGGCCCGCUGAACCGCCUCCAACCGUUUCUGUAUCGUCCGCCUUCUGACGACCGGUUGUGAUUUCAGCCGCUGCGCAACGAGCGGAGCUAGCUUUGCCUCCACCCGCUGCGGGACGGAGAUGACGAGCCAGCUGCUGGGCAGCGUGUCAGCCGCGAAACGGGCCUGGUAGGCGGGCGUGAGGAGAGGYUUGGCUCCCUGUUGGAAGCGGGACGUGAUCGGAUGUUUAGAGAGAUUGGCGGAGUGACGCUAGCAACCAGCUCCCUCAGCCGCCCGGUGACGCCCCGACUGAUCGCCUCGCCGCCAUGAGCGCCAUGCGCGUGGACGCCAAGGUGGUGAUGCUGGGAAAGGAGAGCGUGGGGAAGACGAGCCUGGUGGAGCGAUACGUCCACCACCGCUUCCUGGUGGGGCCGUACCAGAACACCAUCGGCGCUGCGUUUGUGGCCAAACCCAUCCAGGUGGCAGACAGAGUCAUCACUCUGGGGAUUUGGGACACGGCCGGAUCGGAGCGCUACGAGGCCAUGAGCCGGAUCUACUACCGAGGAGCCCGGGCCGCCGUGGUCUGCUACGAUGAAUUGUUCCAGAAAGUUGCCGAGGAUUUCAGCAGCUCUGCUUUCCAGCUGCUGGCUGAGGAAACCGGCRUCGACUUGGGUCAGAAGAAAGGCUCGUAUUUUUACUCCUGUUGCCAUGGAAACUGAUGCGGGCAGAACGGACGGAGGAUUCCUCUGCACCGCCAGUCUGGGUCUGCUGGCAGCCAAUCACAGAGCAGAACCCAGGCUCCAUCUUUGUUUUUCUUUGUGAUGGCAGCAGGAGAGACGGAGCCGCCGAGCCGGACGCUCAUCACACAUCCAGAGUCACCAACAGACACUGAGGAGGAGGAGAAGGUUUGUUUACGGUCAACAGCCUCACGUCGGCCAUGUUUACGACUUUUUCUGCCACGACAGCCAUGGAUGUAUGGAGAAAAGCAACACUCAGCCUCCGCGGGGCUCAAAUUGCUACAAAAUCCACAUUUUCUGGCAGAAAAACUGCAACUUCAGUCAAAGGAAACCAGUUAGAUUGUUUUCCAGCUUGGUUWGUUGUUCACAGCACAGUUUAGAAACACAGCGGCCAAUCAGAGGAGAAUCUGACGGUUAAAGUAACGUCUGAAACACGCAGGUCUACAAUCCCUCCAGUUACUAUAUAGCAAAACACUAAUGUACGUUUUGACUCCAUCRCAGCAGUUUUCAUGCUCGUUAUGGAAACUGUGAGCUGCGACCGUGUCAGAAACUAGCUGGUGUUGGCUGCUGGUCGCCAUCAGACUCGUCUCUCUGCGUCGCCGCCUGGCAGGAAAACACCUGGAUCUGAUGAGAUCYGGUUGCAGUCGCUCAGUUUCCUUCCUCACAUUGACCCAAACUGGAAAAGCCUCCUGCUGAAUGUUGACAUAAAAACUGUUUGCUCAUCGUUUGCAGGUGAGUUUGACUUUUGAUUUGCUGAGUUAUUGUUGCCUUUUAAGUUGAAUAUUUGUUCAUGUUUUACGUUUCAUGAAAUUCUGAUGCACAGUAUUUUUUAUGAAAGGUGGUAAAGUUGUUCAGAUUAUUUAAAAAACUUCCUGAAUGUUUUGAAAUGAUGGCGGAGCUCCAUUUACGUUAUUCUGUAUAAGUUUUAAUAAAUAAACUCUAAAGAAAUUAUCAAA